AUGACUUUGGCGGAGUUGCCCGCCCCCCUGACCAGGGGCAAGCGAUGGGCGAAGCAUGCAGCUGAGAGGGAUCAACAGAUCCAAAACGAGAUCAUAGCCAUCAAGGUGUUGCUUCCAAAUAUGUCCGACGAAGACAUUCGCCGAUGCUUGAAAGAACAUGGCGGCCAAACGGAUUUAGCCUUGUCGAAGCUGCUGGAUGCUCAAGAGGUCGACCUCCUAGGUGGUUUGUUGGACGAGACAGAGCCUCCCAAAGAGCCAAAACAGGAAGAGGUCAGCACUGCAGCUUCGCAGGGAGCGAACCUGGACGGUCAGCAGAUCCCUUCGUCGCAAAGUGUAUAUGUAGCUGAGGAGCUGGCUGAGGUGCCGAAGCACAAGGCUGAGCCCAAGCCACUAGGGCCCCCAGAAUCGCCAGCACCGACUCCAAGCGUCCCUAGCGUCCCAAAGUGGCUGCCCAUGCUGCAGCCCUCCGACCCUGCAGAGCUUUCUUCCAAGCGGAAGGUUCAGUAUGAUCGGCAGACGGAGCGACUGAAGGCGGCUCUGGGACCAGCGCCGAAGGCUGCCAGCAUCCCUUCAUCCCAUGACCUUGACGUUCGAGGAAGGGCCCGUGAAGGUGGAGAACAUCAUUGCUGCGAAGCCAUGAGACGUUUGUUUGGCUUCAGCAAGGAAGAGCCUGCUGCUGCAGAAAAGGAAGCGCCAAGCCUUCAGGAGGCUUCAAGCCGCAUUGACGAGCAGGUGUCAAAUCUGGAGGCCAAAAUCUUGAAGACUGAUGAGGAAAUCAAGAGCCUGGUGGCGCAGGGGAGCUCUAAUCCCACUGCCAAAUCCAAGGCUUUGCAGGCCAUGAAGAAGAAGAAGAUGUACCAGCAGCAGAGAGAUCAGCUGCUCAGCACACAGUUCAACGUCGAGAAUUUAGCCUUCCAGCAAGAACAAGCGGAAAUUACUGCCAUGGCUGUGCAGGCCAUGCAGACAGGCCACACUCAGCUGAAGGAUCAGACCAAAGCAAUGGAUAUCGGAGCAGUGGACAAGCUGACGGAUGACAUGGCAGAGCUUCAGGAUGAGAUGAAAGCCAUCAAUGAAGCGCUGGCUCAAGGAUCCAUGGUGCCGGACGGCGCUACCGACGACGAGCUUGCAAAUGAAUUUGCGAAGCUUGAAGAGGAAAUGGCUGCAAUGGCGCUUGCCGGAGGCGCGCUCCCGGAAACUGCAGCUCCUGCCAAGGCGGAAGGCGCAGCCGGAGCCGAGCCCGCCCCUGCGCGGAAAGCGGAAACCGCAGUGCCGAGUGCGCCACCCUGA